CCACUUCAAGUCCGGACACUUUCCCCCCCUUCCAGUCCGGACACUUUCCCCCGUUUCCAGUCCGGACACUUUCCCCCCCUUCCAAUCCGGAUAUUUCCCCCCCCUUCCAGUCCGGACACUUUCACCCCCUUCCAGUCCAGAUACUUUCACCCCCUUCCAGUCCGGACACUUUCACCCCCCUUCCAGUCCAGACACUUUCACCCCCUUCCAGUCCAGACACUUUCCCCCCUUCCAGUCCGGACACUUUCCCCCCUUCCAGUCCGGACACUUUCACCCCCUUCCAGUCCGGACACUUUCACCCCCUUCCAGUCCGGACACUUUCACCCCCUUCCAGUCCGGACACUUUCACACCCUUCCAUCCGGACACUUUCCCCUCCUUCCAGUCCGGACACUUUCACCACCUUCCAGUCCAGAUACUUUCACCCCCUUCCAGUCCGGACACUUUCACCCCCUUCCAGUCUGCACACUUUCACCCCCUUCCAGUCCGGAUACUUUCACACCCUUCCACACUCCCCCCCCUUCCAGUCCGGA